AUUAUUAAGUCCAGCUGGAGCUUCAAGAGUGGAGCCACAAUACCUAAGGGUUUCUAGGCCUGAAACCUUGUUACAAAAAUGCAAACAAGCAAACAAAAGGCCUCUUGUCUGGGUUUCUUUGAUGCUCUUCCAGUUUACUGCUGCCGGCCUUUAUACUCAGAGUCACUGUGCUGUAGUGGUUCCUCCCCACUCGUGUGUGUACAUUUGUUCUCCAUUGAAGAUGGAGUUGAUCUCUCCGGGGGAAAGCUGAGGCUAUGCUUCCAUGCCCGCAAAGGGUGCCCUGUCCCUUGCUCAUGGCUCUUUCGAAGCCCUGCCGGGAAUCUUUUCUGGGGCUGCUUGGGUGAGGCGUAUCUGGAUCGGUGGCUAUCGGGUCUGUUCCCCAGCAGCCGAGGCAGUGGUCAGGUCGGUGAUCGCGCGGUCGCUCAGGCCCCGCGCCCCCCGCCCGCGUCUGCGGCUGCGCGGCCGGCCCGGGAGGGGGCGCGGCAGGCGGCUGGGAGCGGGGCCGCGAGCGGCAUGUCUCGCUACACCAGGCCCCCCAACACCUCCCUGUUCGUCAGGAACGUCGCCGACGCCACCAGGCCUGAAGACUUACGCCGAGAAUUUGGUCGAUAUGGCCCCAUAGUAGAUGUUUACAUCCCACUUGACUUCUACACUCGCCGCCCCCGAGGAUUCGCUUAUGUUCAGUUUGAAGAUGUUCGAGAUGCUGAAGAUGCCCUUUAUAACCUCAAUAGGAAGUGGGUAUGUGGCCGGCAAAUUGAAAUACAGUUUGCACAAGGUGAUCGCAAAACACCAGGCCAAAUGAAGUCCAAAGAACGCCACCUGUGCUCUCCAAGUAACCACAGGCGAUCCAGGAGCCCCAGCCAGAGGAGAUCUCGGAGUCGAAGUUCAUCCUGGGGAAGAGACCGGAGGCGGUCGGACAGCCUGAAGGAGUCUCGACACAGGCGGUCUUCUUACAGUCAGUCUAAAUCUCGCUCCAAAUCACUACCAAGGCAGUCUACCUCAUCAAGGCAGUCAAGAACACCAAGAAGGAAUUCUGGAUCUAGAGGAAGGUCAAGAUCCAAGUCCUUACCAAAAAGGUCAAUGGAAAAAUCUCAGUCACGCUCACCUCAAAAGCAGACUGGCUCAGGGGCAAAAUCAAGAUCACACGGACGACACUGUGACUCCCUAGCGAGAUCGCCAUGCAAGUCCCCCAGAGCUUACAGCAGCUCCGGAACUAAGACACAGACAGCAAAGCAUUCUCAUUUCCGGUCACAUGCCAGAUCUCGGAAUUAUCAUCCUAAAAACAGUUGGUGAACAGCAACGUCUGGGAGAGCUCCAGGGCUCUGCUAAGUUAUUAGACCUGGUUGUGGUUAAAAUUCUGCAAGGCUUAUAGAAAUGUGAACUGGUGUUAGUCACUUUGGGCAUGUGGAAGGAAUCAAAUUGCCCUAACUGUGACGACUAAAUAUUUGAUCUCAAUGUAAGGGCUUAUCCACAGACCACUGUGUCUGCAGUGUCACGGGUAGGCUGUGUUUUGUUCACGCUGCAGCAAGGGGCUACUUCCCAAAGGAAGUCGGCAAAAUGGAACCAAUACAAAAAUUCUCCUUAGAUAUUAAAUAUUAUCAAUAAUGUCCUUUACAAAAACAUGUUUUACUCUAAAGCACUUUCCACAUAAAAAGUAACUGUGACUAUAUGGAAUUGCAUAGGCCAAACUUAAACUCUCUGUGUCUUUCUUGUGACUUUUGUUUAAGCUUGGGCCAAUUCUUGGUAGGUACUAGUUCAAAUUACAGUAUUCUCAAAUCUCAAAAGAUAAAAUUUACAUAGAGAUUCCAUAACUGUUUAAAAGAUAACUCAAAGAGCAUGUCAUUGUUUUUUUUAAUACAACAGCAUAGGCCAGUUGACAUGAAAUGAUAUAAAUGUUUGCUUAAAAAAAUGAAAACAAAGCCAGGUGUUGGUGGCACAUGUCUGUAAUCCCAGCACUUGGGAGAUGAGGUAGGAGGGUCAAAACCAGCAUGGACUGGGCUACAUGAGACCCUGUCUAAAAAUAAAUAAAUAAAUAAAUAAAUAAAUAAAUAAAUAAAUAAAUAAAUAAAUGCUUUUUUUAAAAAAGUGAAAUCAAUUUAGAAGUACUAGAUUUUGAAUGAUUUGAGACUACUCUAAAAAUUAUGAUGUGGAACACUCAGAAUCCACAAAUAUUCAUAUUAAGCCUUACAUAUUUGAAGUAUAGUACAUUUUGUAUAAAUUCAUAUUUAUACCAUUAUUUCUAUAUAGCUAUUUUCAUCUGCAUUUUUUUUCUUUUUAGAGCUCUAGUUCAAUAUCCUAAUUAUAUACAAAGUCUUUUUAAAAAAAGAAUUAAACACUUAGUACAUUAUAUGAAGAAGUACUAGCUAAUGAGAUGGCUUGGUGAGGAAAUCCACUCACCACCCAAACCUGGCAACCUGAGUGCGGGCUGGGCAAUCUGAGCUCAGUUCCUGAAACCACUGAAAGGGAGAAGAGAACUGACUCCUGCAAACUGUCUCUGACUUCCACCUUGUACUAUAGCGUGUGUGGGCAUACACACACACACACACACACAAAUGUAUGCAAAAACUUCAUGUUCAAAGCUAUACCUUCAAGCCAGACAUGUAGCACACGCACAUGCCUGUGUUCCCAGCACUCAGGAAGCCAAGGCAGGUACUUGACACCAGCCUGGAAACAUAGAGACCCGAUACACACACACACACACACACACACACACACACACACACACACACACAC